AGUCAGCAUCCCAGAGAAUCGCCGCCAUCUCAAAGCCCCGCGCUGUUUGGGCGCGCCAGCGGCGACUUGGUGACCGCCGGCCGCCUCGCAUAGCCGGCUCCUGUAACCCGAGUGACGGCGGCAGCUGAGGAAUCCCCUCGGGGGACCCGGCGGCCGGUCUGGGGAGAGAGCACGUCCCGGACCGCCAGACCGCCUCGGGCUCGCGAAAAGGAUCAAACGGGACUCCGGGCGCGUAAUGCGGAGGAGCCAUGUUGUCCAGAAAAGGACUCCUCCCGGAGGACUACCUGCUGACCCGCUUGGCCGAAGAUGUCCUGCAGCAGCCCAAGUUGACGUCGAAAAGCAGGAAAGCUCGCUUCGUGGCCAAGAACGGCGCCUGCAACGUGGCGCACACCAACAUCCGCGAACAGGGUCGCUUCCUGCAGGACGUCUUCACCACCCUGGUGGACCUGAAGUGGCUCCACACGCUCAUCAUCUUCACCAUGUCCUUCCUGUGCAGCUGGCUCCUGUUCGGCAUGAUCUGGUGGCUCAUCGCCUUCGCCCACGGCGACCUGGACCGGCGUGGAGGCGGCUUCGUUCCGUGCGUCACGGAGAUCCGCUCCUUCUCCUCCGCCUUCCUCUUCUCCAUCGAGGUGCAGGUGACCAUCGGCUUCGGGGGGCGGAUGGUGACCGAGGAGUGCGUGGCCGCCAUCGUCGUGCUCAUCGUGCAGAACAUCGUGGGUCUCGUCAUCAACGCCGUCAUGCUGGGCUGCAUCUUCAUGAAGACCGCCCAGGCCAACCGGCGCGCGGAGACGCUCAUCUUCAGCAAGCACGCCGUGGUGUCGGUCCGCAACAACAAGCUGUGCUUCAUGGUCCGCAUCGGGGACCUGAGGAAGAGCAUGAUCAUCAGCGCCACCGUGCGGAUGCAGGUGGUGAGGAGGAGCACCACCGAGGAAGGCGAGGUGCUGCCGCUGGACCAGGUCGACAUCCUCAUGGAUAACCCGGUGGGCACCAACGGGGUCUUCCUGGUGUCCCCCCUCAUCGUCUGCCACGUCAUCGGCAAGGACAGCCCCCUUUACGACACGUCCGCCGCCGACCUGCAGCGCGACGACGUGGAGGUCAUUGUGGUCCUGGAGGGCGUGGUGGAGACCACCGGCAUCACCACGCAGGCCAGGACCUCCUACGUGUCCGAGGAGAUCCUGUGGGGGCAGCGCUUCGUGCCCACCGUGUCCGAGGAAGACGGCAUGUACGCGGUGGACUACUCCAAGUUCGGCAACACGGUGAGGGUCCCCACGCCGGGCUGCAGCGCCCGGGAGCUGGACCGGGCCGGAGGCAUUGCGCGCUUUAAACUGGCGGAGGGCGUCACCCUGCGGCCGUCUGCGAGAAAGCGGCGAGGGUCCGCCGUCGGCCGGCGGUCCGGGAUGGAGACCCGAUGACGGGUAUGUGCUGGCAUCCGACGAAUGGCCCGCUGUGCUCCCGUUUCCCCGCAGGAUAAAAUACUCGCCAUUAUGAGCAUCUUUGACCACUGGGGGGCGCUGUCACGCCAAACGUGGGGUGUCUUCGAUAAUAGCUGCCCAGACAAAGCAACCUUUCCCCGCUUUUCUUUCUUCAAUAUUUCUGCUAAAAUUAUCUUAUUUUUCUUCACAUUACAACUUUUUCACUCCAUAACAUUCUUUCACAUUUUCUUCUUGGAAUUAUGACUUCAUUACCAUUGAAAAUGAAUAUUACGACUUAAAAAAAGAAUUUCAUAUUUCAACUUUGAGCUUCUAUUACGACUAUUUUCCCUCAUAUUAUGACGACUUUUUCCUCUUCAUAUUUGGACUUUAUUCUUGUAUAAUUACUCCUGAUUUUUCAAGUUGUGCUGUCACCCCCCCGUCUUUCUUUUCGGAAUGGUAUGUUUUUCCCAUAUUAUAACGUUUCUGUGUUCCUCAUAACCGUAUGACUUUAUUUUAAAAAGUUUUGUUGUAAUGUAUGACGAUUGUAUUUUUUCUCCAAUAUUUCAUUUGAAUAUUUUCCUCUAUCAUCAAAUUGUGAGCCACAACCUCAUUUUCCAAAAAUGAUCACUUUGUUUUGUUUCUUUGUUGUUCAGAACAUUAUGACUUCUAACAUUUCAAUAUUUACAAUGUAUGCCACUAAAAUGUUAUUUGUCCUUAUUCUUAGCGUUUUGACUUUAUUCUUGGAAAAUUAUUUUUACUGUUUUCUUGUGAAAUAAUAUGUUUGGAACGUGCUGGGGUCACAAAGAGCCCGGGGCCACUGGGGCAGCAGGGGCCCCCUGGCCGGGGAUGGAAGCAUGACAAAAAACAGGAGGACAG